AUCAAACAUGGACGUACCGAUGGCUGUGGUUUGUGAUGGAUAUUACGAUUGUGAUCAUUACGAGGAUGAAUCUAAUUGCAAUAACUCAGUUACACACCUCGAGGAAGGCCAAUCACUUACUAUAAGCACGCUAUCUUACACAGGAUACAAUACAACCUUGUUGAAAUCGAAUGCUACAAAUGGGUUUCGAAUUGUGAUCCAUCGUUUGUAUAGUUAUAAUUCUGAUGAUGAAAUUCGAAUAGGGACAGGGAACGAUCCAUCUGAUGUCCAGUCUAUCGUUACAACUAUCUAUGGAUAUGAAUACUACGUGGAUGAUGUAUACAUACAUACCCAUAAAAUGUGGGUUGUUGUUAUAGGAUCGAAACAGUAUGGUCGUGAUGAUCUGGACCUGUACGUUACUGCAAUCAAUUUGCUUAAUUUCUUUCCUUGUACAUCGUCUUACAUGAACGUGUCAGUGACGUUGAUUUGUGAUGGAUAUUACGACUGCGAUAAUUAUGAAGACGAAUCAUCAUGCAAAUAUCCCACAAGCUAUCUUCAGACAGGCGAAUAUUUUAUCUACGUCAACAACAUCACACGCAAAAGAUUAUACAAUGCCCACUUGUUUCAAACAAAUGUUACGAAUGGAUUUCAAAUUAUAUUCAGGGAUCUAUAUCUCUAUUAUGACGAACAAAUCCAGAUAGGGAAUGGUACUGAUCCGUCUGAUCUACAGUCUGUCAUCACAACCAUCAAUGGAUAUAGACAUUGCUGUCCCAGUGAUGUUUACGUAGAGACCAGUGAUAUGUGGAUUGCUAUCAUAGGAGGCAUGGAAUACCCGCUGCUUGAACUGAAUGCUGAGAUAAUAUCUAUUGAUCUUUCAAGUGAGCGAUUUGAAAACUAUAACAUUUUAUGUUGA